CAGCCCGGUGCUCGCGCGAGCGUUAGGGUCGGGGGCGCGCGCCUGUGUGCGCGCCGAUCCCCGCGCGCGUGUCUGCACGAGCGCCCCCACGUGAGCCCGCUCCGCGCCCCGAGUGUGUGCAACCUCGGGCCGGCGCCGGAGGGGACUGUCACGGCGAUCGGCAGGGCCCAGGGGGGUGAUCCUUCCUCCCCCACCCUCCGCCUCCCCUUGCCCCACACCCCGCCUCCCGCAACCCACAUCCAGCAACUGGAAGGUGCUGCUUUGGGAGCGGGGUCUUCUCAGCUUGCUGACGACCCUCCGGGGACAGGAGGAGGUCGAGGACUCGGGGAGACGGCCAAGAAAGGCUCGCGACGACGGGGCCUUUAAAAUGUCAUUUCGGAUCCGCUUCUGUGUGCGGGACACGCCACCCGGGCCAGGCAGCAAGGUGCGCCGAGCCUUGAUAAGGCCGUCUGCACUUUUCCUUCCCCUCCCCGCGUCUCUCUGUCUGCGUGUCCGUGUGUCUCUCUCCCCUUCGUCCAGUCUCCCAUCCCCCACUCCCCGGUUUUGCUCGGAGUUGGGCGAACCCUAAGCAUCCCGGUCCCCCACCCUUCUCCGGGGGCAGAGCGGGACCAAAUAAACCGCUUUCCGAAGCUCUUCCGCGUGCAAAUCGGACUGUCUGGGAAACGAAGUAAAUCGCGUUCGGACUCGAGGCCGCGAGAAUCUAGAGGGGAAACAAACAAAACCAGGACAAACCCCCUCCCUCCCCCCCACCGCCCCCAAACUGGAUUCCAAGUGAUCUCAGAAUUCCGGAGAACCUAAAACGAGUCAUUUGUUUUUAUGGCAGAGUGGUGGCCACCGCCACCCCCCCCCCUCUUUGGGGGGGAGGGGGUAAUGUUUGUAAAAUACCUAUCACUCGAGCUUGCAUCAUCAGUAUUCAAUGUGAUUCACAGAAGCGCUUCAAAAGAUGGUUUCUGUUAGGGUUGCAAAAGCACUUGGAAUUUGGGUUGCCUUAGUAACUGAAGAAGUCGCCUCGCACCAGGAAGAAACGGCCUGGGCUGGACCCAGACACUGAUCUUGAGAGGAAUCUCCUCCCGGCCCCUCCGGUCACCCUGGAUGAACUGGUACCUACCGAAUUUUCCGAGGCAGCUCAGGGCUUAGGAGAAGGUUCACCUACAUAAAGGCGAGCAAGAGUGACAGUCAGAGAUUUCUGCCUCCUCCAGCUCCUGGCUGCUGUGGGACCAGAAGGCUGAUUGGCAAGUUUCCUCUCCUGGGAUCCUGAUGCUUAGGAGCCUUGGAAACUGAAAGCGAGGGCAGCAUGACGGCCAGGACCAGCGUCCACCUCGGGGUCCGGGGAGCCUCUGCCCAGCUUCGGUACAGCAGCAUCCAAGAUUCCCAGGUCCCCAAAGGAAACAGCCGCCUGGAGUUCCUGUCCUGAUUCAAGGCCUCCACCUAGCCCAGAGCAUCAGCCUGACGGGAAGAUUUGCUGGAAUGUUCCUGCGGGGAAUCGGGAACUGGCCAGCUGCCUGAUGCUUGGGUUAGAGCCGGGAAAUUCGGGAAGUAUGAAAAGUGGUGCUGGCGGCUUCUGAGCAGACUCCUGCACUGGGGCUGGCCUCUGCCCGCUUCUGGCGGAGGUCAGGAAGGGCGCCGCUGCGCACUCCUCCCGGGGGCCUUUGUGAGGGUGCUCCCGGGCCUCAGCUCCCCCAGACAGGCCCGGGCAGCGCCCCACUACUCACUGCCACCCGGCAACCCCCAGCCUCUUCCACCGCUCCCCACCUGCCUGGGAUCCGAGUCUCUUCCCGAGCUGGACAUGUGAGCCAGUGACUCUGGAGAAUGACCGCGGUGUAUGCGAAUGGAGGCGGCCUGGUGACCCCUCACUGUGCCCAGUGGGACCGGCGGGACAGCGUGGAAAGCAGCUGCCUGGCCGAGGGCAGCCCAGAGGACGAGGAGGGACAUUCGCGGCAGCUGACACCCUUCGAGAAGCUGACCCAGGACCUGUCUCAGAAUGAGAAGGUGGUGAGAGAGAUCACCCUGGGCAAGCGGAUCGGCUUCUACCGCAUCCGAGGGGAAAUUGGCAGCGGGAACUUCUCCCAAGUCAAGUUGGGAAUCCACUCCCUAACCAAAGAAAAGGUGGCCGUGAAGAUCUUGGACAAGACCAAGUUAGACCAGAAGACUCAACGGUUGCUGUCCCGCGAGAUCUCCAGCAUGGAGAAGCUGCACCACCCCAACAUCAUCCGCCUCUACGAGGUGGUGGAGACGCUGUCCAGGCUCUAUCUGGUGAUGGAGUAUGCGGGCGGCGGGGAACUCUUCGGGAAGAUCAGCGUCGAGGGGAAGCUCUCAGAGCCUGAGAGCAAGGUGGUCUUCUCCCAGAUCGUGUCUGCCGUGAAGCACAUGCACGAAAACCAGAUUAUCCACAGAGAUCUGAAAGCAGAAAACGUAUUCUACACCAGCAGUACCUGCGUGAAGGUGGGCGACUUCGGAUUCAGCACGGUGAGCAGGAAAGGCGAGAUGCUCAACACCUUCUGCGGCUCCCCGCCCUACGCGGCGCCCGAGCUCUUCCGAGACGAGCACUACGUGGGCGUCUACGUGGACAUCUGGGCACUAGGCGUGCUCCUGUACUUCAUCGUCACGGGCACCAUGCCGUUCCGGGCGGAGAACAUGGCCAAGCUGAAGAAGAGCAUCCUGGAGGGCACCUACAGCGUGCCCCCGCACGUGUCUGAGCCCUGCUUCCGCCUCCUCCGGGGAGUCCUCCAGCCCAGCCCCAGUGAGAGGUUCGGGAUCGACGCGAUCAUGAAACAUGAGUGGAUGCAAGGGGUGCCUUACCCUACCCCGUUGGAGCCCUUCCAGCUGGACCCCAGACAUUUGUCAGAAACCAGCGUCCUCAAAGAGGAGGAAAACGAGGUCAAAAGCACUUUAGAACACCUGGGCAUCACGGAAGAGCAUAUUCGGAACAACCAAGGGAGAGAUGCCCGCAGCUCCAUCACGGGUGUCUACCGCAUCGUCUUACACAGGGUCCAGAGAAGGAAAGCUUUGGAGAGUGCCCCCGUCAUGGUACUCCCGGACCCCAAGGACAGAGACUUAAAGAAGGGGCUCCGUAUCUACAGAGGCAUAAGACACACAUCCAAAUUUUGUUCGAUUUUAUAAAUUGCACUAGACUGGUGGUGAUUUAACUGAAAUUGUUGCUGCUUUUAAACUUUUUCAUGGGCAACUUGGGUGAAAACAUCUUUUGUAAUUUUUAAAUAAAUUUAAAUUUAAGAGAUGCA